UUUUAAGUUAAAUCAAAAGAAACCUAAAAUUAUAGGCAUAUUCAGAGAUACAGAGAUCUAUCACUCACCUUCUUUGAUCUGUCUUUCAAAAUUCAGCAAAAAUGGCAACCUCUGUAAUGAUUUCUCUACCACAAUUCAAUGGGCUGAGAUCCACUCCAUCCUCAGUCUCUCCUGUCAAAAGCUUGGUUGCAGUUCAAUCGAUGAAGCAGAAGGGUAACGGAGCUUUGGGUGCUCGCUGUGGCUACAUUGGCUCACCCACAAAUCUGAUAAUGGUGACUUCUACAAGCCUGAUGCUGUUUGCUGGACGUUUCGGUUUGGCUCCGUCGGCGAACAGGAAGGCCACGGCGGGGUUGAAGCUUGAGGCUUAUGACUCAGGACUCCAGACUGGUGACCCUGCUGGUUUCACCCUUGCAGAUACCUUGGCAUGUGGGUCUGUAGGUCACAUUAUUGGGGUUGGGGUUGUUCUUGGCCUUAAGAACAUUGGUGUACUUUGAGAAAUUUGUUCUAGACUUCUGUUAAUAUCCACUCUAGUCUCAUUUCUAUCUACUUAAUUUUUCAAUA